AUGGCCAGAGGAGCCGUCAGCAGCGCGGCCGCCGCACGGCUUGGCCCACAGGCGGCUUCCCCCAGCCCGAAGCCUGCCGCCUCACCUGCACCCAAGAAGGCGGCGCCCAAGGCCGCCGUCUCGCCUGUGCCCGCGGCGCCCAAGAAGGACGCCCCUGCGCCGAAGAAGGACGCCCCCGCGCCCAGCCCCGCCACCAAGGCCCCGGCUGCUGCAGACGCUGCGGCCCCCGUUAAGGACGUCGCCGCAGCCCCGAAGGACGCCGCCGCAGCCCCGAAGGGCGCUGCCGCCGCAGCCCCCAAGGCAGGCGCCGACGCGGCCGCCCCGGCCAAGGGAGCACCCGCGAAGACCCCCGCCGCAGCAGACACCAAGGCCAGCGACAAGGAUGCCCCUGCUGCGGGUGGUGAUCUUGCGGACCUUGGCAUUGCUUCGGACAGCGAAGAGCUUGAUGCUGUUGAGCUGGUGCCAGAUGUCCCCACGGCUGCCGUCUCGCCUGUGCCCGCGGCGCCCAAGAAGGACGCCGCCGCGCCCAGCCCCGCCCCUAAGGCCCCGGCUGCUGCAGACGCUGCGGCCCCCGCUAAGGACGCCGCCGCAGCCCCGAAGGGCGCCGCUGCCGCAGCCCCCAAGGGCGCUGCCGCCGCAGCCCCCAAGGCAGGCGCCGACGCGGCCGCCCCGGCCAAGGGAGCACCCGCAAAGAGCCCCGCCGCAGCAGACGCCAAGGCCGGCGACAAGGACGCCCCUGAUGCGGGCGGUGAUCUUGCGGACCUUGGCAUUGCUUCGGACAUCGAAGAGCUGGAUGAAGUCGAGCUAGAGCCUGAUGAGGUCAAGGGCUUCCCCGGGUGGGCCCCCUGCUGCAAGCCGCCCAAGACGCCGGCUGCAGCUCCCGCCGACAAGCCCGCAGCCACGGCCACGGCUGCCCCGGCCUCCCCGGCGGCCAAGCCCUGA